AUGGAGAACGAGCAGGGCAUCACCAUGGACAAGUCGCCGACAGGAUCCCCUGCAAGCGACACCCAGACUCCCAAAACGUUGCUAUUGUCUACGGAGGCAGAAAUGGACGUUCAGACUCAGGCUGACAAAGAGACUUCAAAGACACCAGAAUCCCCAGCCAGUCCGACUGACCAGGACAAGACCAGCACUGCCUUUUUCGUGGAGCCAGACCCAGAAACCGUUCAUCCCGAUGUCGACCUCACCGACAGAAACAACCUUGUCCGCCUGCUUGCCCUCUACCAGUCUGGCUGGGAAAAGGGGCGCGGGCGCGGUCCCCGAGAUCACGAAACAUGCAUCUGGUGUCGUGGACCGGUGGCUCCAAAUGUCGAGGUUCUCACCCAUGUUGGCACUAGCAACAGUUGUAGGAACAGCUGGCCUGCGACAUGCCUUCUGGAUUGGAUUAACCAAGAGCUUGGUGGCGGUGCCCGUAAUCAUGUGUUGCGAUGCCCAAUGUGUCGGGAGGAGUUUUUCAGUCUCUACAAAGCCGAGGGUGCUGAUUUCCGGGCGGACCAAGGUGGACCAGAUGCUGGACGCGUUAUUAACGCUGGUUGGUUGAGAUGCAUUCUUUUCAGCCCGGUGUAUGCCAGAGAAACUUGUGUCAAAAAGGGAAAGCCGCUCAUCAUCAUCAAGAGUGAGGAAGCUAGGAAGCUCGUGCUACUGAACACAGAGAAAAUCAUCUUCAACACAUGCGAGGAACUCCCCUUGACAGGUCUUGGGCCACGGAAGAGAUGGAUUGACAGAGUCCUGGCAGCGGACACUUCCAACAAUUCUGGACCGCUUUCCUCUUCCCACACCUUUGUUCAGGAUCCAGUUGCUGCUAGUAUUGUCAACCAUCCUCUGGUGAGAUUUGAAGAGCCACCAAAACGAACGUUCGACACGGUGUGGGUCGUCUUGGACUGGGGAAGCAACCAAUUUCGAAUGUCACCUCUCUUGUCCCUCCAGGCAGAUGCCUUGAAGAUCCUGAUGGAGGAACAAGGAGGAGUCGUGAAGAUCAUGAAUGCAGACGAGUUUGAUGCAAUGGCCAAGGGAAAUGGAGGUCUCGCGGCUGCGGUCACGGGUUUUCAACCUGACGAUAGGGCCGAGUUGGCUGAGAUGUGGGAAUCCGGCAGCGUAUGGCUCUCGAAACUGCUGAACGAGUCUUCAAAGGACGGCGAACACGCAUCCGACAAGGAGUGGUACGAGAGACUUGCCAGGGCUUUUGGAUCUAAAGUCAACUUGUCUCCAGAAGAAGCAGAUGAUGGUGUCCGCGAGGACGUUCCCUCGAGCGCGCAUGAUGCCGAUGACGAGUGGGAUUCAGAUAUGUCCUUGCCAGAGCCUCCUCUCAGUUAG